AUGAGGCAAGUGAUGAAAGUAAGAAAGAACAAAUGGCCAUUGUUCUUAGAUAUGUUGACAAGAAAGGUUACAUACAAGAAUGAUUUUUUGAUCUUGUUCAUGUCAGAGAUACAUCAUCUUCCACUUUGUAUUCUUCUAUAUGUGAAACUCUUACUUCUUAUGAGCUUGUUGUUGAGAAUCUCCGUGGAUAGGUAUGAUGGAGCCAGCAACAUGCAUGGUGAAUGGAAGGGAUUACAAGCAUUAUUCCUUAAUGAUUAUCCAUGUGCUUAUUAUAUACAUUGUAUGGCUCAUCGGUUACAACUUGUGUUGGUUGCAACAACUAGAGAAGUAAGCUCUGUACAUGAAUUUUUCCAAAAUUUAUCUUUCAUUGUGAAUGCCAUAGGUGCUUCUUGUAAACGCCAAGAUGAGCUACAAGCUACUCAAGCUGCUGGAAUUGCAGAAUUGUUAGAGUUUGGUGAAAUAAAUACGGGUAAAGGGGCUAAUCAAAUUGGUACUUUAAAGCGUGUCGGAGACACUCGUUGGACCUCACAUUUUACUUCUACUAGCAGUCUUCUUCAGAUGUAUAAUCCUACUUGUACGGUUUUGGAAAACAUAAAAAAGGUGGGCUCUAAUUAUAAAACAAAAGGUGAUGCUAGUAUCGCGUUAAAAAGAAUGACAUCUUUUGAAUUUGUUUUCAUUUUACAUAUGAUGAAACAAAUUCUGGGAAUUACUAAUACUCUUUGUCAAGCUUUACAACAAAAAUCUCAAGACAACAUAAGUGCAAUCACAAUGGUCUCCCACACAAAGAAACUAAUUGAAACCUUUAGAGAUAAUGAAUGGGCAACUUUUCUUGAUGAUGUCAUUGAGUUUUGUAAGAAGCAUGAUAUUGAUAUUCCUGAAUUCAAAGAUCCUUAUUUUGAAGGGAGAAGCAACAGGAAAGGAAGUUACAGGAAAUUGAUACAAGAACAAGAAAUAGAUGUUCGAAAAUUUCAGUUGAAGCACUUUGAAGCUUAUGUGAAGGACCAUCCACUUUUGGGAAAGUUGUCAUCUAUUGUUGAAGUAUGUCAAUACUUGGUAGAGAUAGGGAAAGCAAGUCAUUACUAUCUUGUUGACAGAUUGAUUCGACUCGUGUUGACCCUUCCGGUGUCUACUGCGACUACUGAGCGUGCAUUUUUUGCCAUGAAAAUUGUGAAAAAUAGACUACGUAACAAGAUGGAUGAUGAUUUUAUUGCUGAUAGUCUAGUUCUUUACAUCGAGAAAGAUAUCGCUAAGAUUUUUAGUUUAGACCCUAUUUUAAAUGAUUAA